UUUAGUUUCUUUCUGUUCUCCUCGUGUUGCAGCUUCUUUUCUCCGUCUAAAGGUGAAGCUACAAAGACUCUGUGACUGGAUGUGGAUCUGAAUUCACCUGGUGUUUCUCUGCUAUGGAUCAGUGUGAGGACAGAGAGGAGGGAGUCCCUCCCUCUAAAAGCUCUCUGUGUGGGGAACAUGACAGCCAGACCAAAGCUCAGAGGAUCCAGCAGCAGAGACCAGACUCUCCUGGACCUGAACCCAGCUGUCUGUCCUUUAAGAGCGACUGGUCGAGGGACAUUUUCCGUGAUUUUAAAGAAGGACGUCCAUCUGCUGAUCAGAUAGUGGACCAGGAGAGCUCAGAGGUUCCCAGUGGUCAGUCUGCCCAGCAGCAUCAAACACACCUGGACUCCAUAUUUAUGCUGCUGGAGGAGAACAUCAUCACCUUUGUGAAGAACGAGCUGAAGAAGAUUCAGAAGGUUCUGAGUUCAGAUUACCCAGAAUGCUUAGAGAGUCAGAGGGAAGAUGAGAAGGUGUUGGACAGUGAGGAGGAAGAGCAGAAGAGGAGCAGCAGAGAGGCGUUUCAGAAGAUCACACUGCACUUCCUGAGGAGAAUGAAGCAAGAGGAGCUGGCUGACCGUCUGCAGAACAAAUCUCCUGCCAUGUUUCAACAUAAACUCAAGUCUAACCUGAAGAAGAAGUUUCAGUGUGUGUUUGAGGGGAUUGCUAAAGCAGGAAACCCAACCUCUCUGAAUCAGAUCUACACAGAGCUCUACAUCACAGAGGGAGGGACUGCAGAGGUCAAUGAUGAACAUGAGGUCAGACAGAUUGAAACAGCAUCCAGGAAACCAGACAGACCAGAAACAACAAUCAGACAAGAAGACAUCUUUAAAGCCUUACCUGGGAGAGAUGAACCAAUCAGAACAGUGAUGACAAAGGGAGUGGCUGGCAUUGGGAAAACAGUCUUAACACAGAAGUUCACUCUGGACUGGGCUGAAGACAAAGCCAACCAGGACAUACACUUCACAUUUCCAUUCACUUUCAGAGAGCUGAAUGUGCUGAAAGAGAAAAAGUACAGCUUGAUGGAACUUGUUUAUCACUUCUUUGCUGAAACCAAAGAAGUAGGAAUCUGCAGGUUUGAAGAGUUCCAGGUUGUGUUCAUCUUUGACGGUCUGGACGAAUGUCGACUUCCUCUGGACUUCCACAACAAUGAGAUCCUGACUGAUGUUACAGAGUCCACCUCAGUGGAUGUGCUGCUGACAAACCUCAUUAGGGGGAAACUGCUUCCCUCUGCUCGCCUGUGGAUAACCACACGCCCUGCAGCAGCCAAUCAGAUCCCUCCUGAGUGUGUUGACAUGGUGACAGAGGUCAGAGGGUUCACUGACCCACAGAAGGAGGAGUAUUUCUGGAAGAGAUUCAGAGAUGAGGAGAGGGCCAGCAGAAUCAUCUCCCACAUCAAGAGAUCACGAAGCCUCCACAUCAUGUGCCACAUUCCAGUCUUCUGCUGGCUCACUGCUACAGUUUUGGAGGAUGUGUUGAAAAGCAGAGAGGGAGGAAAGCUGCCCAAGACCCUGACUGAGAUGUACAUCCACUUCCUGGUGGUUCAGUCCAAACUGAAGAAGGUCAAGUAUGAUGGAGGAGCUGAGACAGACCCACACUGGAGUUCAGAGAGCAGGAAGAUGAUUGAGUCUCUGGGAAAACUGGCUUUUGAGCAGCUGCAGAAAGGCAACCUGAUCUUCUAUGAAUCAGACCUGACAGAGUGUGGCAUUGAUAUCAGAGCAGCCUCAGUGUACUCAGGAGUGUUCACACAGGUCUUUAAAGAGGAGAGAGGGCUGUACCAGGACAAGAUGUUCUGCUUCAUCCAUCUGAGCGUUCAGGAGUUUCUGGCUGCUCUUCAUGUCCAUCUGACAUUCAUCAAGUCUGGAGUCAAUCUGCUGUUAAAAAAACAAACAACAUCCCAAAAGUCUGAAACAAGAAAAGACAAAUUUGCAGAGACACAUUUCUACCAGAGAGCUGUGGACAAGGCCUUGCAAAGUCCAAAUGGACACCUGGAUUUGUUUCUUCGCUUCCUCCUGGGUCUUUCACUGCAGACCAAUCAGACUCUCCUCCGAGGUCUGCUCACACAUACAGGAAGUAGCUCACAGACCAAUCAGGAAACAGUCGAGUACAUCAAGAUGAAGGUCAGUGAGAAUCAGUCUACAGAGAGAAGCAUCAAUCUGUUCCACUGUCUGAAUGAACUGAAUGAUUGUUCUCUAGUGGAGGAGAUCCAACAGUACCUGAAUUCAGGAAGUCUCUCCACAGAUAAACUGUCUCCUGCUCAGUGGUCAGCUCUGGUCUUCAUCUUACUGUCAUCAGAAAAAGAUCUGGACGUGUUUGACCUGAAGAAAUACACUGCUUCAGAGGAGGCACUUCUGAGGCUGAUACAAGUGGUCAAAGUCUCAAAGAAAGCUCUACUAAGUGGCUGUAACCUGUCAGAGAGAAGCUGUGCAGCUCUGUCCUCAGUUCUCGACUCCCAGUCCUGUAGUCUGAGAGAGCUUGACCUGAGUAACAACAACUUGCGGGAUUCAGGAAUGAAGCUGUUAUCUGCUGGACUGGAGAGUCCACACUGUACUCUGAAAACUCUCAGGCUGUCAGGAUGUCUGAUCACAGAGGAAGGCUGUGCUUCUCUGGCCUCAGCUCUGAGCUCCAACCCUUCCCAUCUGAGAGAGCUGGAACUGAGCUACAAUUGUCCAGGAGCUUCAGGAGAGAAGCUGCUGUCUGCUGGACUGGAGGAUCCACACUGGAAACUGGACAAUCUCAGGCUGCAGCCUGCUGGAGUCCCAUGGUUGACACCAGGUCUGAGGAAGUAUUUCUGUCAACUCACACUGGAUCCAAACACAGCAAACAGAAAACUCAAACUGUCUGACAACAACAGGAAGGUGACAUAUGUGGAGGAGGUUCAGUCAUAUCCUGAUCAUCUAGACAGAUUUGAUCACUGGGGACAGCUGUUAUGUAGGAAUGAUCUGACUGGUCGCUGUUAUUGGGAGGUCGAGUGGAGAGGAAGAGUUCGUAUAUCAGUGACUUACAGAGGAAUCAGAAGGAAAGGAGACAGUGAUGACUGUGUGUUUGGAAGAAAUCAUCAGUCCUGGUGUCUGAGCUGCUAUGAUGAUGGUUACUCUGUCCGUCACAAUAAGAGAGUAACAUCCAUCUCCUCCAUCACCUCCUCCUCCUCCUCCUCCUCUGUCUCUAACAGAGUAGCAGUGUAUGUGGACUGUCCUGCUGGCACUCUGUCCUUCUACAGAGUCUCCUCUGACACACUGAUCCACCUCCACACCUUCAACACCACAUUCACUCAGCCUCUGUAUGCUGGGUUUGGGUUCUGGUCUGGUUCCUCAGUGUCUCUGUGUGGUCUGGAGGAGGAAGAGUCUCCCCCUGUUAAAGAAACGAUCUCACUGCUGACCAGAUAGUUCAGUCUGUACAGGAUCACACACAGCUGAUGGUAUUUAGUACCAACAUGAUCUCUCACUGCUUCUAAAUGUAAACAUGGUUUCCACAUGAUUGACAGUUUGCUUGUAAAAUGAAUCAAAUGAUAAACUGAGUCCAGUUGUUGUUGUUUUCUGUUGUUAGUGUAUUAGAAAGGCUUGAACUGUAAUGGGAUAAUGGGAAUGGGAUCUUCACAAUGUUUAGUUGUAGUUCUUCUGGUAGUUUCAUAGUAACUAUGUUACCUGAUUCCUUCACUUAUUUAGAGAUCACAUGACAAAUGAUGGUCAGAACAACAGGCCUCCUAUUGGCUGGUUAAAUGAACACCUCUAAUGGUGAAGGCUGAGGCUCAGCAGCUGGAGUGUGGCUGCUUAUAUGCUGUGUUCAUAUCAUAUUGGAAUGAUGCUAAUUAUAAGAUUCUGACGUGUAAAUAGAAUUCACACAGUUUCAGGACUGUUUAAAGUGUCAGUUAUUGUGUUUAGCUCACAUUCAGUCUGACAGCUGUUCUUCAUUGACUGUUUCUAAAUAAGUUGUGCAUCAUCAGCACUCAGCUGUCAUGUGUGAUCAAAGCCAGCAGGUGUCACUGUUUAUUUUUUUGGUUAAUUCAUCCUGAUUUAUGGAAAAUAGUUUGUAUUGAAAGGAGGUUUUAUGUCAUUGGUUUCAGUUCCUGUGUAAAUAUUCAUUUAAGUAUUCACUAUAAAUUGAUUCCACUUUGGUAUUAUUAUUAUCACCAUAGCAAUUAUUGUUAUUUUGUAUUAUUUUGUAUAAUUGCAAGUCACUUUUGUAUUUCCUCUAUUUUUUCUAUAGAUACACACAAAUCCUCAUAAUCAGCUUUAUGAUCCAAGAUGUUAAUGAGGUCUAUCUGUAAAUACUUUUUACUAUCUACUAUGUUUUUAUUUAAUUCUUUUAAAUUCCUAUUUAAAUAACAUUUGAAUGGAUUGUGUAUUUCUCCACCAUGAUUAAUUCCCGGCAAUGUGGAGGGCAUUUUGAAACAUUUAGUCCUUCAUGUUUAAUAAAAUGUACAAAAUAUAGUAUAUAAUUGGAUAAUUACAUGAAUAAAAUCUAAAUAAUGAUGCAUAUUAUUUAUGUUGUUGUAUUCUGGGUAUUUCUGAAAUUCUGGCUACAGCCCUGAACAUAUACACCAAAAUAAUAUAUUACAAACAAACAAUGAAGCAAAAUGAACACGUAACCAAGGAAACAAUCCAACAGAAGAAUCCAGUUGGAUGCAUGGACAGGUGUUUACUCCUGAGAGAGACAGUCACAAUAUAUAAUCAGUUUAAAAUCUGUAAAAGAAGAGUAAGAUCUGUUGAGAAAUGUGUUGAGAGGAUCACAGUUUCAUUUUUUUGUUUGAAUAACAUUUUGAUAAACAUUUCAUCAAAUGUUAUUUUCAACCUGUAAUUUCAGAGCACUUGAUGAACUUUUCACAACACAAAAUGCACUUUGACUCCUGUUGAUUUAUGUUGAUUUGAUUCAAAACAUCAAACACUUGAGUUCAUUAAAGUCUCCUCCACUCAAA